CAUUUUAACUCUCAAAAUAUCUAAGCUUCUAUAUAUUGAGCAACUUAGAUAGCCAUGACCAUGGCUAUUCAGAAGUGGCUGCUCUUUCUGUUUUUGCAUAUAAAUCUUCACGAUCUCAUCCUAGCACAGCUGCCUGAUUUAGUAUACGCUUCAUGUGGUGAUAAGGGUAACUAUACUGAAAAUAGUGUAUACCAGAAAAAUCUUAACUCGCUCCUCUCUACCCUUUCCUCAAAUAUGGAUAAACAUGGUUUCUAUCACGCUUCCAUUGGUCAAAACUCCGACAUGGUUAGUGCUAUUGUGCUAUGUAGAGGAGAUUUGGAGGUACAAGAAUGUCGCAAUUGUGUCAAUAAUGUUACUCAAAAGCUUGUACAGUCAUGUCCUUACAAACAAGAAGCUUUUGGUGGCUAUGAUGGAUGUAUGUUACAGUACUCUAAUCGAUCCAUUUCGGACGCUACGUCAUAUUCUGUUCUAUACUACAGGUGCAAUAGUGGGAAUGCCUCAAAACCUGAGGAAUUUAAUCAGGAACGAAAUAAGUUAUUCGAUUAUUUACUAACCCGUGCUGCAGAUGGUGGUCCCCUUCGAAAAUAUGCUAGUGGUAAUGCGACAGGUCCAGAUUUUCAGACUGUAUAUGCACUUGUACAGUGUACUCCUGAUUUAUCUCCUCAGCAUUGCUUCAAUUGUCUAGCUGGUGUUACUUAUAGAAAUAUGACUCUCUGCAAUGGAAAGAGGGGUGGCAGAAUAAUAGGCCCUAGCUGCAACUUCCGUUAUGAGAGUUACUCUUUCUUCAAGGAUGUGGCGUUGGAAGCUCCGCCACCUGCAGGUGAAUUACAUCUUGCCGAUUUGAUUUGA